AUGCAGCUCCCCAUCAUCUUCUUUCUCUUUAUCCUUAUUGUCCUCUCCAGCGCAGCGGCCAUCACUCCUGCAGCCGAUACCACCACAACUAUUACCCUCCGUGACGACGACCGCGAUAAAUGUCACCAAAUCUGCACCGGCAACAACGAUUGCAGCGGUGAAUGUUCUGAGUGUUAUAACUUUACUUGCUGCGCUAUUUUGGUUCCAAUCCACUGGCAUCCUUUCUACCUCAAGAGUCCUACUCUGUCCCAUCCAACCCCCAAGCUUGCCUAUCAGCUUCCCCACGUCGGACACCUGACGGAACCUCUUGCCUAUACGUGUGACCCCAUCCAGUUCGUCACGGUGUCGCCCUUCGACGCAUCUCGUUUGUCUCACCACCCCAGCUUGUCCUUCCAGGACACAAUAUUACCUCGAAGAGUCCCUCGCCGAAGACUAUCUCUGCGACGGACCUCCACAAUGCCCGCUCCCAUUGUUGAGAAUAUACUGCAACCCGUCCUGCCCGUGCGCGAGCUCGAGGCCGAUGAGGAGUUCGUGAUAGCUGCCUUUGAGCGUCACGCUAGCCACUGCUACCGGUGUGCGGACCCUCUUCAGGUUCAGCAGGAGGACCGCUCUCUCUGUGACCGAGGACACCAAUAUGCGUUGGACGUGGCCGAGUACAUCUACAGCAAGAAAGGCAAAGCAUACUCCGUCGUGGACCGGGAACUCAACCAGCCCACGCUAGUCAAGAUCCCACGCACCUCCGUGGCUGUUCGCGGACUCCUGCUUGCCAUCGAAGACGGUCUGCGCCUGCAUCGUAAGGAGUUGCAGAAAUCGACUCAGUCUGCUCCUGUCAUUAGCUAUGACCGCACCUACCUUGUCCCACCUCGCCGCGCGGCCACGCAGCCAGCAGCGUCGCAACCGGCGGCAUACAAUGAAAUUAUCGAGAGGGAGCCACGUUCUCUGAAACGUCGCCGGGUCAUAAUCUACCCAUCUCCCCGUGGUUCUCCCAGCCGGGGUUCGCUCUAUGAAGCUGAUGCAGCUGACCGUGUUGAGCGUUUCAAGGGGUCCUCGCGUAUUUACCGUCCGGCUGAAUACCAUCGCUGA